GCGAGGAAGUCAUCAUGUGAAAAAGAAAGAAAGAAAGAAAAAAAAACAGAAGAACACUUGAUUUGCCAAUCGGACAAAACACACACUCACACACACACACACACACACAGGGCUGGAUCGCGAGGAAACGAAAGUGUGAAGGGUGUGUGCGGUAUGUCCGUGGAUGAGCAGCCGGAGGGCCCGAUGUACGUGUAUGAGUCGACGGUGCACUGCUCCAACCUCCUGCUGGGUCUGAACGAGCAGCGCGAGCGCGGUCUGCUCUGCGAUGUCACCGUGCAGGUGGAGGGCAAGCAGUUCCGCGCCCACCGCGCCGUGCUGGCCGCCUGCAGCGGCUACUUCCUGCAGGGGCUGGUGGCACACGGUGACAACGAGCUCAUCUUCACCAUGCCCGAUGAGGUCACUGCCAGGGGCUUCGCUCCAUUGUUGCAGUUUGCCUACACAGCCAAGUUGCUGCUCAGCCGUGACAACAUCCAGGAAGUGAUACGCUGUGCAGACUUCCUGCGCAUGCACAACCUAGAGGACUCCUGCUUCCGUUUCCUGGAGGCACAGCUGCGGAGUGAGGAAGACGGGGCACUGCUCUGUCAAAAGGUGGCGCCGGAGAGCAAUCUUUCGGAAGAUGAGAGCAUGCAAGCCGAGGCAUCGGCUAUGACGACGAACACGCCUGUGACAUGGGCCACUUCUCCGCGCUCUCGCCGCCAUCCCGAUGCCCUCAAUGCUCUGCGGCGGCCAGACCACGAGCGGCUGGUAGCCAGCGCUGACUUCCCAGAUGGUCAAGUGGACUCAGAACAGCAGGUCACCUCGGAUCUGCCACGAUGCCCCAAGUACAGGAAGUACCAGCGGGCUUGUAGUAAGCACAACAGCAACGAGAGCUCCUCACAUACCAGUAGUACCUCAGGUUUCCCAAGCACAUUGCUCAGCGGGCCAGCUGUGACUCACAUCAAGCAGGAGCCGCAGGAGGGCGAGGAUGAACCCAUCACACUCAGUCUGUCAGGCGACGAGGACGAUGGCAGGGACAAGGACAAUGGCACUGCCGACAUGGAGUUGGAUGGCAAUGGACUGCACGGUCUCUUCAAACGCGGCAUCUCGGACUUGGCCAACACUUCCCAGCAGCUUAAUGCCAGCAGAUUGGCCUGCACCCAGGUCAAAGCAAGCACUCAGGGAGAGCACAAAAAGGACUACAGGCCUUCACAGGUGCCUGUGUCCUUUCCCAAAGAUGCUGACAGCUUAUCCACGGGACUGUCUCUGAGGCCGGCGUCCUGUGAAGGUGUGUGUAAGCAGGAAGCGGAGUUAGACCGGCGCAGCGUCAUCUUUUCUCCAGGAGCCUGUGAGCAUCUGCCCACACCUGCCCAUUCCUACCCAGGCAGCAACUCCCAUGACAAGGAGUUGACCGACCACCUGCCUAAAGGACAGUGGGUCGGAGGCAGCCAGUCGCUGCCGAGCUCGCAGAGUUUUUCCUCCGGUGCUGCUUCCGUCGAAGUGACAACGCCUCUGUGCCGACCGAGGCCCAACACCAGCUGCCCUGUGCCCAUAAAGGUGUGCCCACGUUCACCGCCCUCCGAGACACGCACACGCACCUCCAGCUCCUGCUCGUCAUAUUCCUAUGCCGAGGACGGAAGUGGUGGCUCUCCUUGCAGCCUGCCCCAGUUCGAGUUCUCCUCAUCACCCUGCUCGAACAUGGCUCGUUGCAUGCCAACUGACCCACAGGAACUGGGCACAGGUACCGACGUGCUGUUCGGCCCAGCAAGGCCAAAAAUCAAGUGCGAGCAGGCGUACGGAACCAACUCAAGCGACGAGUCCGGAUCCUUCUCGGAAGGAGACAGUGAGUCCUGCCAUGUUCAGGAGCAAGGAUCAGAAAUCAAGCUCCCUUUCCCCGUAGAUCAAAUCACGAAUCUUCCACGCAACGACUUCCAGAUGUUGGUGAAGAUGCACAAGCUGACGUCAGAGCAGCUGGAGUUUAUCCACGACGUGCGCCGGCGGAGUAAAAACCGCAUCGCCGCCCAGCGCUGCCGGAAGAGGAAACUCGACUGCAUCCUCAACCUGGAGUGCGAGAUACGCAAACUGGUAUGUGAGAAGGAGAAGCUGCUGACCGAGAGGAAUCAGCUCAAGGCGUGUAUGGGUGAGCUGUGGGAGAAUUUUUCCUGUCUCUCUCAGGAGGUGUGUCGGGACGUCCCACUGAGCCCCGAGCAAGUCCAGUCUCUCCAUCACUACUGCCCCGUCCUACGGCCCACCUCGGACUCCGCCUCCCCGGCCCACCCGCCGGCGCCGCCCGCCAGCAUCGACCUCACCACGCGCUCCGGAGCCGCCACGCCCGAACCGGAAUACGUCAAAGUGUCCGCUACGAACGACACGCACCAGGCACCAGCAUCGGCCCAGUGUCACGUAGGGAACGGCGAAGGGGAGGAGACCACGUCCGGCUCCGCCUACCUCGAGGAGGGGCGGUCCUUGGAACAGUCCAAUCAGACGGUGACAGUAGACUUCUGUCAGGAGAUGACCGAUAAAUGUACCACUGACGAACAGCCCAGAAAGGACUGUACCUAG